CCAAGCGAUUUCGGCCGGGCUGCGCCCACUGCGCGCCUCGGCCUGAGUCGUUACCUCGUUUUCAGACACCUCAUGCUGCUGUCAAUCCCGACCCUGGAAACAGCAUGGAGAACAACAAGAGCUGGAGCUCCUUUCUCACAGUGUGCCUGGCCUGUGUCCUGACAGCCCAGGCAGACAUCAAGGCUGAAGCCCAGGUGGGCCAGCUGUUUGUCCACGAGCUGGAAAGGAGCGUCUAUCAACACGACUUCCCCCCUUACCUGAGGCACUACGGGAUAGUGUACGACGACUCCAUGGUGUUCAAGUGCAACCUGCAGCACCACCCCGAUCUCCCGCGCUGGCUGCGCUACACCCAGAGGAGCCCCCGGCACAACGGCUUCCUGUACGGCGCCCCCGAGAGGACAGGCAGCGCGGUCAUCGAGAUCACAGUUAUAAAUCAAAGGACAUACGACACUUUAAGAAACAGGAUGGUGAUCCGCGUCAGUGAACCAGCAAAGAUGAUGCCCUACCAGGUGGACUUCUUCCUCCCCAACAGAGAUGUGGAGGAGGUGCUGCCCCCUGGUGAGCAGGAGGUGCUGAAGCAGUAUGCAGCUGCCCUGUGGAAGCCACACAAGCCAGAUAUGAUCAACAUCAGCUCCGCCCUGGACCGGGGAGGCAGAGUGCCCCUCCCUUUACCAGCACACAAGGAGGGGGUGUACGUCAAGCUGGGCUCCGACAGGGCCUUUCCAGAGUGUCUGAAGGAGAUCCAGACCUCCAGGCACCAGGAGCUCUGCACACUGGGGGAAGACCCAGCUCCUUGUUCCGUCUGGCUCAGUUCGCACAACCGCAUCGACUGGUGCCACACCUCGCUGGCGGACCUGUCCACAGAGGCUCCUCCUAGCCCAGCUCCCACCUGGGGAUCGGGAAUCCUCGAUGAUGGGGGAUUCUAUGACCCCCCUGAAUCGCCCGAGGGGCGGGACUAUUUCCUGGAUUACAUUGGGACAGUCAUCGUGCCCUUCGUGCUGGCCAUCGUUCUGUGCCUCGUCCUGGCCUACGUCAUGUGCUGCCGGCGGGAGGGCGUGGAGAGACGCAACGCCAAAACACCCGAGAUCCAACUGUAUCACCACCACACCAUCCACGACAACACCGAGGAGCUCAGGAGCUUGGCGGGCAGCCGCGCCGCCGCCCGGCCCCUGUCCACCCUGCCCAUGUUCAACGCCCGCAGCGGGGAGAGCAUGCCGCCCUUCCGCUCGGACAGCGCCCACAUCCCGCUCAUCCUGGCCCAGCAGGAUCCAAACACCGACACACUGCCUAGGUAAAAGCCCUUCCAGACCUCCAAGUACCCCGAGGACACAACUGUCUCCUUUAAGAAACCGUACAUACCGCUCUGCUCUUCCAAGGGUGGGAAACGGCACCUCCGAACUGCCUGAAAAAAAUGCCGUCCGCCGUCUAUUCGAAUAAAAUCCAAACCUGCAGGCUCGGUGGUCCCAAAACUGCGUACCGGCCCCCGGAAGAGGAGCAGCUGUUCCUCCGACAACUCGCGGGACCUUCCAGCUCUCAGGAAGGAAAUCAAUGUUAAUACCCCGGCAAUUUCUCCCCUGCACAGAAAUACUGCUGUUCUCCUGCUGUGCGCACUAUUUACCAGUUGUGCAUUAUUGCUCUUAAGAGUUGGAAAAGGUAUUUCACUGUAAUCUGUACUCAGCGAGAAAUUGUUUUAAACUGACGACUGAUAAAGCGAUCUCCGUCUCAAAAGUGUGUUGGUACCAGCAGCUGUCCGAACUUUUAUUGAUAAAAGAAAAAGAUUUUUCCCUGCCUCGAUGAAGCAUUCGCUUGGGAAAACCUUUUGAUUAAAAGUCAACCAACUAUCUCAAUCUUACGUCGUAAGUAGCGGCAGUAGUUUAACGGGAAAUUGCAAUGCUCUAACAAGAUACAAACCUCUAAAAGAGGACACUUUUUUCCCCUUAAAUACUCGCUGUACCACACUUUCAGCGCACAGGUUUCAGCGCAGAAAGACGCAGCUUGAUUCAAACAAUUGAAUUGAUUUUACAUAGUUUUGCUGUUCGCGUCUAUAUUUAACAUGGAGUACCGACUUCUGCAGGAAUUAAAGUUUUAGCGUUGAGAACACGCUGCGUUAAACACAGUCCUCUUUGCUCUCCGAGUGAAAGGGUAGAUUAAUUGCCCCUCACCUUUCAGUCAUCAAGUAACAUCACAGAGUAUCAUUCACAAACCUUGAGCUUCAGAAGAAUCAGACAGGUUUCUAUCAAAGUAGUCAUUGCAUUGAAAGUUGCCAUCCACGUUACAUAAGGCUGCGCAUAAUUAAGAAACCGUGCAAAUUCGAGUCAUCGCGAGCAACGCAUGUCAAGUCGACGCACCAUAAGUUAUUUUAGUGACAGAAAUAUUUCAUUGACGACACACACACACACAAAAGUUCCCAAAAGCUGACAACUGAAACUUGCAAACCCUCCAAAUGAGAAGUCAAGUAACGAGAAAAAGACGAAACAAAUAAGUCCGUUGGUUGAAGGUGGGGG